UAACAGUUUUGGCGACCACGAAGGGACUCUAGGCUCGCCCCAACAAGCGAGACUACACUCCUCCUCUCGGACAGCUCCAGCCGGCACAGGGUGAGUUCACCUUUGAGAACUCCGAGGAGGGGGGGUGCGAGCCGUCGCUUAGGCGAUAAGGUGGCACAUUUUGUGUUCUUUUGGUAGCCCAUUAUGGGUUCUGGGCAGAGUGUAAGUAAGGGGACCCCUUUGGCUAAAAUUCUCGAGAAUUGGGGAAAUAUUUCUGGCACCCAUGGGUUAGGUAGGAAAAAAGCUGUUAUUUUAUGUAAGGUUGAGUGGCCAGCACUAACAACUCAAACACCUUUUGACUGGCCACCGGAUGGUUCCUUUGCUGGGGAAAAUUAACAGCGCUUAGGAAGAGGCUGGAAAACAAAGCUCCAGCCCAGAUGGAUUAUUGGUAAAAGAAGUCCUGCUUCAAGAAUCCUGAGCAAACCUGCCAUUUGUUAAAACCAGGUGACUGGGUCUAAAUAAAGGUCCAUCAACAAAAGACUACUCUGGCCCCAUGCUGGAAAGGCCCUUAUUAAGUCCUGCUAACUAACAACACCGCUGUGAAGUGCCAAAGACUGACUUCCUGGACCCAUGCUUCUUACUGCAAAAAGACCCCUCCAUCUCGAGAUGACUUCACUUCGACUACUGAUCAGCCUGUCCCUCCUUCUGGGUUUUUUUUUCUUUCCUCCUUUUAAACAGCAAAAAAAAAAAAAAAAAAAACACAAGGUGAAGUGCUAGUAACCUCUCCCUUGUCCACUGACAAAGCUAACCUGCAUUCAGUAUUUGCUAAAGAAACCAAAGCACUACAGGGUGACGUGCUAGUAACCUCUCCCCUGUAUAAUGCAAAACCAUGACUGUUCCAAGAAAAAAGAAAAAACACCUGCUCUGCUAAAACCACCAAAAUCCAAGGAUUCCUGACUGCAAGAGACACUGAAAAUUGGCCUUAAUGGCAAAAACGGAGCAUUGUACAUUGGCAGGGAGGAAGUUGUGGAAUGUAUUUUUGGGAAUGUGAAGUGAAGUGGGGGGGUGGGUUUAUUCCAGAGGCUGGAACCUGUGCUUGUAGGCAAGUAUAAAUACCAAAAAAGCCUUACAGCCACAAACAUUACUCCCACCAUCUGCCACCACUCCUUUGCAGGUAAAGGUUCCUGAAUCCAUCAUAGCUACGUUAAGUUGGCACUGGGACCCCCACCUGACCCUGACAAGCCAUUGGACGAGCCACUUCACAAAUGAACACUACAACCAACCCAUGGACUGAGCUUUCCAGCUACUGGGACCUUCACAGCCCACCAGGACUUUUUGUGUUCCUGUUUAUUGGACUUACAUUGGGGGUAGUGUUUUUUGUAUGGUACAGGGGAGGAUGUCGACAUUGGUAUGGUUUGCCUGGGGGUCCUCUCCCUAUUCCCAAGUCCAGUACAAGGAUGGGAGGGCAAUAGCUUCUUGAAUUUAACCCGUGCUAUCAAACAGGGUGUAAAUCAAAUGCAGUGUUGGAUUGGUAUUCAUACCCCCACAUAUUUAGGUCAGGGGGUCCUGUUGGUAGGGGUACCUAUCCCCCUUAAUCGAACACUCCAAGCUAAGCUAUGGGCAAACACUACAUUUAACUGGAAUGUUACAAUCCAAAUAUGGUCUAUUAAUAUGGUGGCUCAGGGUAAUUAUGCUUUAUGUGUGUCACGACGUAAGGGCAUAGAAAAUACAGUUUUUGUAGGGAAUUUUGUGGGGUGCAAGGACACCACCCAAAUCAGCUCUGGUGCAGGAGGCCCCUCUACCUACUCCAGAGCCCCGUGGCCAGUCCCCGAGGGGUCUGGCUGGUAUUGGUUAUGCAAUCACACAGCCUAUAAGGUUCUCCCAGCAGGAUGGUGUGGUACAUGUACCUUAGGGGCUAUAGUACCCACCGUGACAGUACACCAGAACCUGACCCGGGGAGAGAUCCGCAAUCUAGUAUGGAGGGACCGACGAAGUAUUCCUUUAAACCCCCUUCCUCAACAGUCCAAAGGCUUUCACUCCUUUGUGCGUUGGUUUCUGCCAUGGUUGAAAGUAAGCGAGCUGGAAAAAGCUAUAGUUAAUAUUUCAGCUGCUUUGGAACUAAUGGCAAAUGCUACUGCAGAUGCUCUAUCUGCCCUUCAAAUUGAAGUCACCCAGCUAUCCCAAACUACAUUGCAAAACCGCCUAGCCCUGGAUUAUCUCCUUGCAAAUCAGGGUGGGGUUUGUGCUCUGGUCAACUCAAGCUGUUGUGUAUUUGUAAAUCAGCACCAUAGGGUGGAAACUGACAUCCACAUCCUCAAGCAACAGGCAGCCCUAUUCCACCGCAUCAACCUCGACACUACGAGCGCCGGAUUCCAGGAGGUCUGGGACUGGCUCACCGCAUGGCUCCCGGAUGUGGGGACUUGGGGACGGCGUAUUUUGUAUUUACUUUUUUUUGACUGUUAUUGUUUUUGUGUUAUUUUUUGUAUGCCUGCAAUAUGUGCUGUCGGCAGUUGCUAACCCUGCAGCGCGGUUACUCA